AUGGCUGGAGAGAAGCGUAGUAUGCCCGGUAACGCUAAUCAGUCGGCCAAGCGCCAGAAGGGCCAGAAGAGUGGGAAGCCAGGAUGGCAAGCAUCCGCCCGCAAAGUCAACAUUGACACUGGCGAUGUGGGUGUGAUUGUGACCUGCGACAUGGGUCGAGAAGGCAAGUGCAUCGCUGAAACAAUGGACAUCUUCUCUCAGGCUCUGGAGGCUUCCGGGCAGCUCAAAGGAAAUGAUCUUGAUGAGGAUGAGGAUGAGGACGAGGGUGAUAUCGAGGCCCAGAUCCAAAGGGAGCUGGCAGGCUUGAAGCCCAACAAGGAAAAAAAGCGCCCCUUCGAAGCUAUUCGCUUAGAAAUGCCCUGUGUGAUUUUCGUGCGACUCGAAAAGACUGUCGAUCCCGUAGAGCUGGUCCACCGUCUAUGUGCUGAAGCACGGGCCAAUCCAGAGACGAAAAAGAGCCGAUACGUCAAGCGUAUGACCCCGGUUACUGAGGUCCGAAAGACUCUUAGUGUGGAUCUCGAAGCCUUUGCUCGUGAGAUCCUCAAGCCACACUUCCACUCGGGAGGGCCACCGAAAAAGUACGCCAUCCGGCCUUCCGUAAGAGGAAACAACAAGUUCAAUCGAGACUCUAUUAUCAAGACCGUCGCCGAUAUCGUUGGUAAGGAGCACCCCGUGAAUUUGAAAAACUACGAUAAGAUGAUUCUGGUUGAUGUCUGCCAGAAUAUCAUUGGAAUGAGCGUCGUGGAAAGCGAUUACGACCAGCUUAAACGGUUUAAUCUGGCGGAGAUCUACGACCCAGCCCCGAAAGAAGGGGCUGCAGUGGCCAAGUCAUAG